AGUGUCCUUAUCCUACCGAUUGGGGCCCGGGCCUGUGAGCCAGUUGGAGUCGCGGCAGCGUGAACGAUCGGGCCGAGCGGAAGCAGACAUGUUGCUCUUCGUUGAGCAGGUGACAUCUAAAGGCACUGGUUUAAAUCCUAAUGCCAAAGUAUGGCAAGAAAUUCCUUCUGGAAAUCCUGAUGGCACUCCUGUAACUGAAACCUCUUGGCAUGAAACUGCAGCCACAUCUGGAUCUCACCCUGAGGGCAAUACAGAACUUUCAGAAGAUAUGUGUAAGGAAUAUGAAGUAAUGUAUUCUCCAUCUUGUGAAACCACAAGAAAUACCACAGACAUUGAAGAGUCAGCUGAUGGAUUGAUCUUAGGACCUGAAGACCUGAGUUACCAACUAUACGAUGUUUCUGGAGAAAGCAGUUCAACGAUUUCUACGGAAGAUUUAAAAGAAUGUUUGAAAAAACAAUUGGAAUUCUGUUUCUCACGAGAAAAUUUAUCAAAGGACCUUUACUUGAUAUCUCAAAUGGAUAGUGAUCAGUUUGUCCCAAUAUGGACAGUUGCCAACAUGGAAGAAAUAAAAAAAUUGACUACAGAUCCAGAUUUAAUUCUUGAAGUAUUGAGAUCUUCCCCUAUGGUACAAGUUGAUGAGAAGGGAGAAAAGGUGAGACCAAGUCAUAAGCGUUGUAUUGUGAUUCUCAGAGAAAUUCCCGAGACAACACCUGUGGAGGAAGUGAAAGCUUUGUUUAAAAAUGAAAACUGCCCCAAAGUGAUAAGCUGUGAGUUUGCACACAACAGCAACUGGUAUAUCACGUUCCAGUCAGACACAGACGCACAGCAGGCUUUUAAAUACUUAAGAGAAGAAGUUAAAACAUUUCAGGGCAAGCCAAUCAUGGCAAGGAUAAAAGCCAUCAAUACAUUUUUUGCUAAGAAUGGUUAUCGAUUAAUGGAUUCUAGUAUGUAUGCUCAACCCAUUCAGGCUCCAACUCAAUAUCCCUCACCUGUCUUCAUGCAACCAGUGUAUAAUCCUCAUCAGCAGUACUCAGUGUAUAGUAUUGUGCCUCAGUCUUGGUCUCCAAGUCCUGCACCUUACUUUGAAACACCACUGGCUCCCUUUCCCAAUGGUAGUUUUGUGAAUGGCUUUAGUUCACCAGGAUCUUAUAAAACAAAUGCUGCUGCUAUGAAUAUGGGCCGACCAUUCCAAAAAAAUCGUGUAAAGCCUCAUUUUAGGUCAUCCAGUGGUUCAGAACACUCAACAGAAGGCUCUGUGUCAUUGGGGGACGGACCAUUGAGCAGAUCUAGUUCAAGGAUCUUUCUUUCUGAAAGGCAUAACGCAACAGUAACGGGGCAUCAAGAACAAACUUACCUUCCAAAGGAAGCUCCCAUUUUACAGAUGGAACAGAAUGGAGACUUUGGAAGAGGCAGGAGAACUCUCUUUAGAGGCCGAAGACGAAGAGAAGAUGACAGGAUCCCAAGACCCCAGCCUACAGCAACUGAAGCAAAGGCUCCAACACCAAAGUUUGACUUACUUGCUACAAAUUUUCCUCCUUUACCCGGAAGUUCAUCAAGAAUGCCAGAUGAACUUGCUUUGGAGAAUAGAAUGUCUGAUGUUGUUAAAGGUGUCUACAAAGAAAAGGACAGUGAGGACGUGCGCGUAAGUUGCCCUGUGCCUGCAGAGGACGUACAGACAGACUGCAGUUCUGCACCACAGCUCAGCAUAAGUCCUAGCCCUCCAUGUACAGCUGAGCCUCCUGCGUUAAGCACAACUCAGCAAGAGAAGGAUCAAAUGGAGGAUUCUGUUGUUCCAAAGGACAUUCUCAAUCCAGUGACUGUACCAGUGUCUUCUCCAACUACUACAAAGCCAUCAAGGGCAAACGCCGCUUCACCUUGCAAUAGUAAUGUAAAUACACCUAUAGCUGUGGCCCUACAGGAACCUCGAAAGUUAAGCUAUGCUGAAGUGUGCCAGAAGCCUCCUAAAGAGCCGUCUCCAGUUCUUGUACAGCCACUGCGGGAACUUCGGUCCAAUGUAGUAUCCCCCACCAGAAAUGAAGAGAACGGAGCUCCUGAGAAGCCUGUUGAGAAGCCACAUGAGAAACCAGAAACAAGGGCUAGUAAGGAUCAUUCUGGCUUCCGAGGCAACACCAUUCCCAGGGGAGCAGCUGGAAAAAUCAGGGAACAGAGACGCCAGUUCAGCCAUAGGGCUACACCUCAGGGAGUGACUCGACGUAAUGGGAAAGAGCAGUACGUGCCACCCAGAUCACCAAAGUAAACCAAACUGUACAGAACUACUCAGAAACUUCCCUUCCCACGAAACUUGAGCCUCUGUUGAACUGUUUUGGAGGGAGGAAGUAGCCAGGAAAGAAUGGGAAGUAUGUCCCUAAAUAUGACGGAUUUUGGAAUUGUGAGUAGGAAGAGCCCAAAAUUCAUCUCUAAAUGAUUUUCAAAUGCUGGAGGAUUCCAAUCAGUAUAAAUAUAUAUAUAUAUAAAUAUACACACACACACAUAUAUAUAUAUAUAUAAGUAUAAUUUUUCUAUUUUUGUUUUUGAUUUUAAUUUGCAGGGUUUUUCUGCCUGGAAUCAAUUUUGAGGGUUCAGAUUUAGCUUGGGAGAAAAAAACAAAAAAACAUUAUACAUCCUUCAGUAUAGGAGAUGAGGGAGUGAGAGAAAAUAUUUUUUGAAGAAACAUUUCUGUAAAAAUUAGAAAUUACUUUUUUUAAUCUAUUUAAAGUUUGGCUUGAAGAAUGCUAUCUCUGACUAAAUGGCCUUGUGUUGCAAAGUAGAUGAGUGGCUGGGGAGUCUGUUCUGGGUCUGAGUGUGUGCAGAAGUGAUCUAAGCCAAAUCUGUUGUCAUGUUAGCGAAUGAUUUCAAAGCUGAAUGUAAUACUUGAG